CGGAACGCUUCGAGGAAGAAGGCGCCGAAGACUUCAGUUUCUGUUAAUCCCGUUGAGCCCAAAAACUAAAACAGCGAGCGACAAUGUCAAUGUCGCGAGACGCCGGCCUCCGUCGUACGACACGUUUUGCCGCCGCAUUUGCCGUCGUUAUCUUCUCCCUCAUCGCCGUCGCCCGCUGCUCCAACAAUGACUCCGAGGUGACCUGCAGCCGAAUCUGCGUAGCAGAGAACUGUAAUUCUGUUGGAAUUCGGUACGGGAAGUACUGCGGAGUAGGGUGGACCGGCUGCCCAGGGGAGAAGCCCUGCGAUGAUCUUGAUGCUUGCUGCAAGAUUCAUGACGAUUGUGUUGGCAAAAAAGGUAUGACCGAUAUAAAAUGCCAUGAGAAGUUCAAGACCUGCAUAAAGAAAGUACAAAAAUCUGGGAAGGUUGGAUUUUCUCAGCAGUGUCCUUAUGAGACAGCUGUGCCUACAAUGGUACAAGGUAUGGAUUUGGCCAUCAUGCUGAGCCAGUUCAGUAACUCGAAGCUCGAACUAUGACUUGCCAAAGAGAAAUCUUGUUCAAGAGUACGCCUACCUUCAAACAAUUUUUCUCCAAGACCCAGAAACUUGGUAUUGGAACUCAUUUGACAGAAAUGAACUAACUACGAUUAAGUGAAUGGAUCCUCAGUCCUACCUGACUUUGUAUUGUAUUGCUGACUCUGAUAUGUACAUUUUUACAAUUGGUUAUCUGGUUAUUGAGAUACAUUCAACAACUGGCCAACCCAAGAAGGAAACCUAUUUUCUGCACAUAAGAAAUCCUAUUUUUGUUUUUGUUUUGUUUUGUUCUAA